CAUUUAAAAAUUUUAGGGCUCUUGCUAUAGCUAUGGCGGACCGCAGGUAUUUCUCUGGAUUCCUAGCGUAGACCGGCGCGAUCGGGCGAUGAACAGCGAGGCUAGCUUCAUUCGCGAGGAGCGGCGUCUCCUCACCGAGCAGAUCGAUAGGCAGCGACAGUCGAGGAAGGAACUCCUCAACAAUCUCCGCAAUGCCGAUCCAGAAAUCUCGGCCUCGCUGGAUCUCGCAGCCGCCAUGUCUGACUGCUCGCCUCGGUUUCUUCCACGGCCGCGCAGGGAUCGCAAGCCAGAGCGAGCUCUGGAUUCCCAGGCCGGGCAGCCAGACUCGGGUAGCGCAUUGGAGCUUGUCAAGGGAUUGAUCGCCGGCUGUUUGGUUUCUCCAGGCACUGCCAUUCCCAUCGACUCGAUUGGACUGGCGAGGAGAAUGCCCACAGAUUUUAGCGCGGCCGAGAGAGAGGCAGUGGAUUUGAUUGGGGGGCCUGGUGGUGUGAUUGGCGCUGUUGAGGCAGGCUUGAGAGCUCUUGCUGAUGGGAUUGGAGCUCCAAUGGAGGUCGAAGAGUGCGUUCUUGGUGGUAAGAAAAGGAUCAUGGUUCUCAGCGUGGACAAGGCUAGAUUGGCAGGAGAAGCUCGUGGUCAUUCGCAGCAGCCUUCUGGCGACAGUGGAUCGCUCCACUCGGCAUCCGCUCGGUCGACCACAAAUGCCGAGAGCGGGCAUUUGCACACGGUUUUUCCUCACGCGAUGGGACUUCCCCCGAGGAUGAUGGCUGGAAUGGGAUUUGGAGGUAUGCUUCCUUUCCAGCAAAGGCCUGGACAAUUGCCCACGAAAUCUGGCAGUGAGGAUGUUAUGAAGGAUCUGGAGACUUUGCUCGCCAAGAAAUCGUAUCUCGAGUCACAAAAAUCAAAGACUGGAGAAGAGCUCUUGGAUCUUCUUCAUCGGCCGACUGCGAAGGAGACUGCUGUGGCAGCAAAGUUUAAAACAAAAGGUGGCUCGGCCUUGAAAGAGUACUGCCCAUCACUGACGAAAGAAGAUUGCCGUGGUCAUCGAGGUUCUUAUUUGCCAUGCGAAAAGAUGCAUUUUCGCAGGAUCAUUUCUCUACACACGGAUGUGAACUUGGGCGAUUGCUCGUUCCUGGACACAUGCAGACACAUGAAGACAUGCAAAUACGUCCACUACGAGCUUGAUGCUACGCUAGAUGUUCCUGGUGUCUCACGCUCGCUUUCGAAACCCAGAGCCGACUACUGCUCUGAGGUUGAGCUUGGCGAACCGCAGUGGGUCAACUGCGAUAUCCGUUCCUUCAAAAUGGAAAUACUCGGCCAGUUUGGAGUCAUCAUGGCUGAUCCUCCUUGGGACAUUCACAUGGAGCUUCCAUACGGAACGAUGUCUGAUGAUGAGAUGCGGAACUUGAAUGUUCCGGUCUUACAAACGGACGGGCUUCUUUUCCUCUGGGUAACAGGACGAGCAAUGGAGCUUGGACGGGAAUGCUUGGAACUAUGGGGCUACAAACGAGUCGAGGAACUUAUCUGGGUGAAGACAAACCAAUUGCAACGGAUAAUCCGGACCGGACGGACAGGCCACUGGCUCAACCAUUCCAAAGAGCAUUGCUUGGUUGGGAUCAAGGGCAACCCGGAGGUAAACAGGAACAUUGACACUGAUGUCAUCGUAGCCGAAGUCAGGGAGACAAGCCGAAAGCCGGACGAGAUGUAUCCAAUGCUGGAACGAAUAAGUCCUCGAACGCGAAAGCUGGAGUUGUUUGCCAGAAUGCACAACACACAUGCAGGGUGGAUAUCUCUAGGCAACCAGCUGAACGGUGUUCGCCUGGUUGACGAUAACCUGCGAAGGCGUUUCAAAGCAGCAUAUCCAGAUGUUGAAGUCCACCCUCCUAAUCUGUCUUUCGGCACUGAAACAUCUUCGUCUCAAGCUCCUCUUUUGGUGUGACACACAAUUGUAUGCUAUGGUGUCAAGCUUUCUUCGAGUGCUGGAGAUAUCACGCCGAAAGAAGGUGUGAGGCCGUUUAUUGCGUGUUGCUGCAACACGAAAAGCUUUCUUGUGGAAUAGUUCACCCAAGAGUUUUUCUAUCUCUAAUCAAAGAUCGAGCAAAUCCAGCAUUCCAAAUUCUUCCCUUGCGAGAUUAGAUGAUCAUUUGUACAAUAACGUCCAAUAACAAAACACUAACAAUAACGAAAUAUCAUUCUAAAUGGACCAUUCAAGCUGCAAAA